AUGUUCAGUGAUAACGGCAAUCCGUUAAAAUUCAAAAACAUCGAACCUUCACUUAAGGAGAUUGCAUUUUAUCAGCUUGAAUCAAAAAGUGAUGCAAUCACAGAGAAUACCAUUCAAGAUGUUGGUUCGAGGUUGAAAGAUAAACGCCCCACAGUAUUGAAUGGUUGUCGUAAGGCAAAGAGUACAACUUUAGAUUCUUAUUCAAAUCCAUUGGAGGAUAAUGUAUCAGUACAGGAUUUGCAUAACUGUCCUGAUGAUUCUGCUAACCGUACACCACCAAGGAGUUCGAAAGAACCUCAAGAUACCAAGGCAGAUGAAAUUGGUUUGCUGAGACAAGAUCUUGCAUCCUUCAAGAAUUACGUUAAUAAUGAGUUCAAGGAGUUGCGAUUGUUUAUAAUGGGGAAUUUUAGACAAGUUAUGAAUGCACUUAACAGAAGCAGUCGUGAAUCUGGAGCACCACGUCAGGAAGAUGCAACUGAAUCUCCAAGUCAUGUACCUAAUUGGUCGAACAACAAUCCGAUGAAAAAUGGCAACCAGAUAUCAAAUGUUAUGGAUAAGCCUCACUGUGAUGCAAACGAGGUUCGGACACCUCGUUUCGUUCUUCAAGAACAUGUCAAAGUUAAUGUCAAGGAGUAUUUGCAGCCUGUCCAGAUACACAUACAAGACCCUUUGACGGUACAUGAACAGCUUAACGACAUUAAUGUAUUUCAGAACCAUGACAUCCAACAACCUCAAUCACAAAUUGAGUUGAUAGACGCUUUGUUACCUGAUAUUGAUGCAAUCAAUCCCAAAAAGAAUGAUGUGGUUCAUUCAGAGGUUGUGGUCCAUCCAGAGGGUGUCGUUUAUGAUACUACACCCGUGCCAGUUCAAAGGAUCAGACAUCCCGAUCGAUUGACAGGAGAUGGUAAUGUAAUUCAAAACGACGGAAUCCAACAACCUCAGUCACAAUUCGAGUUGCUUAAUGCUCUGUUACCUGAUAUUGACAUAAUAUAUCCCAAAAAGAAUGUUGUGGUUCAUUCUGAGGUUGUGGUCCGUCCAGAGGGUGGCGUUUAUGAUAAUACACGCGUGCCAGUUCAAAGUAUCAUACAUUCUGAUCGAUUGAUUUGCUCUCCUUACUCCACAAAUAUUGGAUCAUCAUUUGGUAGAUCUUAUGACGUGGUUAAAACUUAUGAAAAGAAACAUCAUUUUGUUUCUGACUUCAUACAAGGGCCAUAUAAUUAUGAUCUUUUUUGA